CUUUUUGCAAUCUUUGCAUUUGCAACAUGCGGUGGGUACUCUGGAGGACUGCGCCUCAGUGUGGACUGUGCAAACAAGUCAGAGAGUGACCUCAGCAUUGACAUAGCCUUUGCCUACCCCUUCAGGUUGCAUCAAGUGAAUUUCGAUGCUCCCACUUGUGAAGGCAAGCGCCGAGAAAAGCUCUCCUUGAUAGGGGACUUCUCCUCUUCGGCAGAGUUCUUCGUCACCAUUGCAGUCUUUGCCUUCCUCUACUCGCUGGCUGCCACCGUGGUUUAUAUCUUCUUCCAGAACAAGUACCGCGAAAACAACAGAGGGCCUCUGAUU